CAAAGACAAUAAGUGACCACUGAUCGGCGGCGGCAUUUUGUUCAUUGAACCUCGAGAUAGUGCAAGUAAUCGUAAAGCGAGCGGAUAUGAAUACGAUGGUUUUGUUGCCGAAAACAGGGCAUGAUAAAAUGGUUUAUGAUGGUACAAUCAAAAUUAGACUGACCGUUCAAUUCCGCUUCCGAUCCGUUCUGCUUUACGGCAUCCAACGGAAACGUAGAUCAGCUCGGCAGCUAUAGAAUUGAACGCGGGCAGUUGAUGCACAUCAGUUUUCUUCCGGAACUUGAGGCGACCGAAAGUGACCACUUGUAAAGCUAGUGUCUUCCCUUCAACAACAAAAAAGGACCCCAAUCGUGCUGUGAUUUUCGCAAAUAUGUGGCAAAAGAUUGUGCUAGUGACGGUGUUGGCAUCCUUUGCCUGUCAGCAGCUCGUAUCGUCGAAAACGGUUGCAGUGCCGGAAGCGGUGAAGAAAGUCCUGCCAAGAGCCGAAAGUGAUGUGCUGAUCGAGUUCGAUCGGUUGUUUAACCAGCUGCAUUAUGAUAUCGACUAUAAGCUGCGCGUGCUGCGCAUGAACCAAUCGCUAGCGAUCAAAAACCUGAACGCACAGUUCAUUUCACGCUUUGGCAUUGUGAUCACUGAGAUUCAGCAGGAGAAGCUGCGCGUUAAGGAUGUCAUCCUGCAGCACGCGCUGGACAUCGGAGACACGCAGAAUCCUUGCAUUGUCGAACAGAAUGAUGAAGCAUUGCGUCAGGCAACACAGUCUGCGGCCGAUAUUAGUUUGGCUGCUGAGCUGGCCUACGCCGAUAUGGCUACGGCAUCGCGCGUUUUCUUCUACCCGCAGGUGCAAGCGUUCCAGAACAGCUCGACUGAUCUGCAGAGUGCAGUGUUGGAGAAGUUGGGUCGUUCUAAUGCCGUCACCGACCUGGACAUUACGCUUGCCGAGUUGGCCUACAUGUACGAAGGUGAGGAGGACAAAGUUGAACGUGUGCUGUCCGGGAUUGAGCAGGAGUUGGAAAACUUCCAAGAAGUUGUCAACAAUGUUCGCCGUGACAUUUGGGCCAUGUCGGACAUGAUCGGGCGUAAUUUCGUCUUCAACAUGGGCCUGCUGCUCGAGGAUGCACUCCAGUGCUCGUAACACUUCCCGAUUGCACGGAAUUUGCGGGGGUGCUUUCAUCUUCCGGUGUGUUGAGCCUGCUGUAAAAAAAUUAUCGCGAUUCUAGUGCCCCAGGAACAUGGCCGGGGCAAGAGUUAAGCGAGGGAGAGGAGUAUGCUGCUCAAUUAUCGAGAUAUGGCUUCUAAUAAAUGGUUUUUAGCAGGUAAAAAAUGUUGUUUUUCUUCCUGAUUAAACGGUUUUUUAACCCUCACAACAGUCCUAACCUGCCGUAAUCAGUAAUCUAAUCGGUACGA